AUAAUCUCAAAACCUGUCUUAUAUUGGACACAUUCAUGGGAUCUGUCAUAAAAUUGCCAAAAAUUUUAACAUAAUUAACACUGUAGACUCACGGCACAAAAACAUAUUCAAUGACAUAACAUAUUGUCAUUAUUAGAUUUGAGAAUAUAAAAAUAUGAGAAACCAUUCAACUUCAAAUCAUGAGUACUAGUACGUUCCAUAUAAAAAAAACACUCUUCAUCUAAAAGCACUUGGAAAACAAAAUAUGCACAAGUAGCUAUGACAAAGCCUUGUGAUUUGCAAAUCAAAGUUAAUGGCCAGCAGAUAUUUCUUUUGAAAGAGAAGAUUAUAUCAAAAUAUUGUGGAAAGGUGAAGAAAAUCUUGAAUCAUCAAAAGAGAAGAUGUCAUGUGAAGGAGAUGGGAAUUAGGAUCAGUGACUUCCCUGGAGGCUCAGAAGGGUUUGAGCUAGUUUCAAGGUUUUGUUACAACAAUGGAAAAAUACCAAUUGAUGUAGCUAAUGUGUCUCUUCUUCAUUGUUGUGCUAUUUAUCUUGGAAUGACUGAGGAAGUUUUCAACAACAAUCUUUUGCAACAGACGCAAACUUUUCUUGAGGGAAUUCAUUACUGGAAAUGGAAUGACAUGGUUUUAAGUCUAAUGAGUUGCAGAAUGUUUUAUGAGUAUGCAGAUUGUUAUGGUCUUUUGGAGAAGAUCAUUAGUGCAGUGUUAACAAAGAUUGUCCAAAAUUCAGAUGCAAACCUCAAUAUUUCCUUCACCUCGUUAUCGUCGUCGUCACCGUCGUCGUCGUCACCACCGUCUUCGCCGGAAAGCAAUUACGCCAAGAGAUUCUCUUCUUCAACACAAACUACAUCAGAAAAAACCAGCAAAGCAUGGUGGUUUGAAGAUUUGGAAACAUUACCACCAAAGAUAAUUGAGAAACUUUUUCAGUGCAUCGAAUCAUAUAAAGAUGAUAACAACAGUUUAAUCUUUACAAGAUUUCUGUUGCAAUAUCUGAAAACAGCUACUCAAACCAGAAACGCCGAUUACAGAAGCAACAGCGAGUAUGCUGCUCUUGCAGAAACAGCGGCUUAUGGAGUCAUAUUUGUAGGUAAGAAAAACUUCUCUUGCAGAGGUCUUUUUUGGGUAUUAAGGAUUGUUUCAAGAUUCGGGUUGAGCAAAAUUUGCAGAACCGAGCUAGAGAAAUUGAUUGGUGGAAUGCUCGAACAAGCAACGCUGGAUGAUCUUUUGGUCUCAGGGCAAGAUAUGGGGAUCUAUUAUGAUGUUAACUUGGUGAUAAGAUUGGUUAAACAAUUUGUUGAUACCAAUGGCUAUGAUGGAAUGUCUUUGCAGAAAAUGAAAAGGGUUGGUAGAUUAAUCGACAAGUAUCUGAGAGAGAUAUCACCUGAUCAGAAUCUCAAGAUCUCGAAAUUUCUUGGAGUUGCAGAAUGUUUGCCUGACUCUGCAAGGGAUUGCUUUGAUGGGAUCUACAGAGCCAUUGAUAUCUAUCUUGAGUCUCAUCCAAAUGUCCCAUUUGAGGAAAGAUCAAGAUUGUGCAAAUGUCUUAACUACAGUAAACUCAGCUUUGGAGCUAGUAAAGAUCUUGCAAAGAACCCCAGAAUACCUCCAAUGGUUGCAAUGCAGGCACUUAUUUCUCAACAAACAAAAAUUCCAACAAGCAACUUUGUAACUGAGAGUCCGAGAAAAAGCCGUUCGCAAAUAGUUCUGUAUAAUGAAGGUAAUAUUGACAGCUUCUCUCAAGAGAAAAAACACAUGAAAGUAAACCUGGAGAUAUUGAAAUGUAAGGCAGUAGAAGUAGAGAAAUUAGAAGAAAUGAAUGGUCAGAUUUCAAAUAUGUUUAGCCGUAAUGUCUUGCUCACUCCCGCUCGUGCUAGAGCCUCGCCGAGAUAUUGUUGAAUAUCUUCCUCUUGUUGUGUAUGUCUAUCACUAUCCAUUAUACACUGGUUUUUUAUUGUGUUGUAAAAAGCUGUCAUUUCAUUUUUAUUUUAUAUUUUUGCUUAGAAUUUCUACGUGAUAGAAGGAAUAGUAUAGAAAAUAUUCCAUCAUUAUAGCUCUUGAACUUCUUGCUUACAUGGAAAAUAUUGUACUUGAUAAAACACAAGAAAUAUGAUAUCUAGAGAUAGUAAUGUUUUGAUUGA